AGCCGAUUAAACCUGGCGGUUAACAAACAGAUCUGUCAGAAGUCGGGAGUGUGGAGGUUACUCAGAAUUAACGAUUCAUAUUUAUAGUUUUACUUCCCAAUAAUGAUUUGAUUUUUCAUUAUUUAAUAUGAGAUUUACCAAGGCCGGAAUGUCUAUAUUGGUUUUACUGUUAGGUCUUUCAAUUAUUAUUGCUCACGUCUUGGGUUUGAUGUCCGUGAACCACAGUGAAAAAAAUGUUAACGAUUUAAAUUCAGCCUCAAGUACUCUUAAAAUAAGCGAUUCAUCUGAUCAUCUUAUGUGGUUCGUGCAGGUAUCAGAUAUACAUCUAAGUAAUUUCCGUGAUAAGACCAGAGGAACGACAUUAUUAGAACUCUGUGACUUUACAUUCAAACAUAUCAACCCAUCUGUCAUUCUGGCAACAGGUGAUCUCACUGAUGGAAGGAAAUGGGAUUCAGUGGGUUCUAUGCAGAUAAAAGAAGAAUGGAUUAUGUACAAAGGAAUUUUAGAUAAAUGUAGAACUUUGAAGAAAAUACCAUGGCUAGAUAUAAGAGGGAACCAUGAUAACUUUGACGUCCCUGAUGUAUACUCACCAAAGAAUUUGUUUCUGAAGUACUCAAUGCAGGGAAGAAACCAAUCGAGAUCAUAUAUUCGUAAAUUGAGUAUUGGUUCGGAAACUUAUGCUUUUGUUGCUGUUGAUGCCACCCCUGAUGUGGGAAUCAAGAUGACGUUCAAUUUUGCUGGCAUAUUGUCGGAUACAGAAGUUGAUAGACUGAUGGGAUUUCAUAGAGAGUUGAAUGAUGUGAACUACACUGUGUGGUUCAGUCAUUAUCCCACAUCGUGUAUCGUUAGCCAGCCAGAGAUAAGAAAUAUCAUCGCUUCAGACCAAAAUAGUGUUGCUUAUUUAUGCGGUCAUUUGCACACUUUCUUUGGUUUAGCUCCCAAUAUGUACAGCUUGCAAAAAAAUGGCUUUUACGAAUUGGAACUAGGCGAUUGGAAAGUAAAUAGAGUAUAUAGAGUCGCUGCUAUAGAUCACGGGCUCUUUUCCUUUACGGAUGUGAAGCAUAAUGAUUGGCCCGUAGUCCUUGUUACCAAUCCUAAGCAUGCUCUAUUUCAGUCGAGGCGUGAACCUCUUGAAGCGAUGCUAUCGUCUACACACAUCAGGGUUCUUGUAUUUUCUCCUGAUAAAAUCAAUUCCGUUAUGAUAAGAAUUGACUCAGGCCCUUGGAAUAAUGCUUCACACGUUUCAGGACCGCUCCAUGUUUUACUUUGGCAACCUUUAAACUAUUCCUCUGGAAUCCACAAUAUUGAGGUCGUUGUCUCAGACAUAUAUGGCCGAGAAAAGGUGGUGAACCAGCCAUUUUCCCUCGAUGGUUCUAAUUUAGAGUUCAAGCUUCUUCCAAAAUUUUUAUUAAUGCUGAAGUUCAAUACCAUUUUACAAGUCUUAUUCAGUUUGGCCGUUGCUUCUUGUGUUCUUCCUUUCUGCCUUCUACGAUAUUUAAACUACCGAAGCUUAGCUGGUAAAAUACAUUUAGAAUGUCUUAGAAAGGAAUCAUUCAUCCAUCGCUGUUUGAAGAGCUUUUGGGCACUGUCUAAUCUGAAUUCACUUUUUUAUCCAAUAUUUUUAUAUCCGAUUUACAUUAGUAUUGGGCCGUGGGCUGUUGCCGAACUGGUUGAAGGACAUUAUGGAUGGAUAUUCGUUUGGGGAAUAUUUGUUAAUGGGACCUUUAUUGCAGACUCUUUUACAUACAUCUACGCCUUAGUGCAGCUAUUUUUGUUUGAAGGCCCCAUUAUUUUGUGUACAGCAUAUUCUCUGAAUAAAAGGUUACACGAGUAUCCUGUCUCCAGUAAGCCAAGAAACAAAAACAAACUACUCCAGGCUGUGAAUUCUUUUAUUUCCGGACUUCCUUAUUUAUUAUUGCUUCUGUCCCAACUGCUGCUUCUCUACUCCAGUUACUUAGCUUACGGCUUUCUGGCCGUUAUUGGGCCUUUUCGAUCUUGGCCAAUUAUUCUUAUACUAUGGUGCUGGCACCAUACUAAAACUGUGCCACUGUUAACAGUGAGAUCAGCUGUUCAUGCAUGGGAGAGAAAAAGUGCCCAAAAUUGAGGAAUUUUUUUGUGAUAAAAAUGUUAACAUUAAAGAUAUUUUGUAUGUUUUAAAUUAUUGAAUGUUAUUUGUAAUAUAUUUUAUUAUUAUAGGCUUAACUAUUACCAUAUAUACAUGUAUAUUUAAUAAAACUAAGCAUUAGAUAUGAACAUUAAUUAUUUUAAGGAACACAAAUAUAGUUGAAUGUUGAUUUUAAAAUAAUCAUUUAUGUAAUUGUAAUGCAAAAUACUGUUUUUUGUAAUUAUUCUUUUUUUGUAAAUUAUUAUGAUGAAUAUGAUGCACAAACAGAGCAGCAGAAUAAAUUUUGUGGCUGAUAUUAUUAGUAAUAUCAUGAUUAUAGUAAACUAAUACAUGGCUGAUUGACAUAGCUUGGAAAAAUUGAAGUACCACAAUGGAGUUAAUUGAAAGUUUAAGGCACUUUCAUUUAAUUAAAUUAGAUUAAUAAAUAUUGUAUUCCUGUCUGAUGAUGAAAAAUUGUUAAUGCAGUGUCAAAAACAACCAGAAAAUGACACAAAAUUAAGCCAGUCGUCACAGAAAUAAACUUUUAUAAAGAGAUAUUCCCAUAAAGGUAUUAUUUUUUUAUUGUUCAAUUUUUGGAUUCUAUGUUUCUUGAAAUAUAAAAUUUCUAAUUUUGAGAGAAGAUCUAAUUUAUUCUUCCUCAUCAUUCUUAAAGGUUUGUCAUUGAAAAUAAUAAACUGAAAGUAAAGAAACAAUUAAUUAAACUGAAAAAAAAAACAAUUGAAUUAAAUAAACUCAAAACUUAGUGCAGAAGUGGUAUUGAAAUGUAUUAAAAACAGUAGUUAGGCUGAUCAAUUUGAUGAUAAAUUGUUUGAUGUAUUCUUUUAAAAAACAAAUGUAAAUUUGUUAAAAUUGAAACUGAACUGUUUAAUUAAUUAAACUGAAAAAACAAUUGAAUUAAAUAAACUGUUAAGUUGAUUGUAAGGUUACUUUGUUCGAGACAGACAUUGUCAAUAUUGAAAUGGUGCAUUUAAAACAAGUUUUAGCCAGCCAGUUUCAUGGGCUAUGGUAGAAUACCUAGUUCUGCCGUAAAUACUGUUACAAAAGUGGAACUUUGUUUAUAUCCUUGGGUAUUAUUUAGAUAAUCCUUACCUCUAUCAGGUUAUUUUCUUUACAUGUCAGGAUAAUUAUUCCAAUUAGUUUGUAUUUUUCAUUCGCUCAGUUAACAUGGAGUGGAGUGAUAAAGAAAACUGAAUAGCUGUGAUAGCCUUACAAAAAGUCGGAAAAUGUAGAUCAGAGAUUUUCAACAUUGUAAAACCUUUGGGUAUGUCCGUGUACCGCACUAUAAAUAGAUAUAAUGAGACUCUAUCUGUAUGUGUCAGACCUCGACCAGGCACUGUGAGAACGGUAAAUGUAGUGAGAGCAGUGACUGCUGGAAUCAGAAGAAACCCCAUUCGAAAACAACAAAUGUCUCAGGAAGUGAGAAUCUCUGUCAGAUCAAUGUCUCGCAUUAUAAAAAGUUACCUUAGGAUGGGUGCAUAUCGAAGAAUGACAGGACAAAGGAUAACCACUUCCCAAAAAAUUAGAGUGGAUGGCUGCAAAGUGCUCCUUGGCCGUUACACCAAUGGCUUUCAUCGAAAGAUUUUGUUUAGCGAUGAGAAAAUUAUUACAAUUGAAGAAAAAUUGAAUCGCCAAAAUGAUCGUGUGUACACACACAGCUUUAAAGAAGUCCAGGAAGUCCUUGGAAGAGUGGAAAGAGGUCAUCACCUUUCCUCAGUGAAGGUUUGGUGGAUAGUUUACUUUGAUGACACUAUAAAUCUCCAUUAUUGUGAAAAAAGAGUUAAAACAGCCGCUAAAAACUUUCAGGAUUAUAUUUUGGAACAUGUUGUCAAGCCCCUAAAUAAUACUCUGUUUGCUGGCACUCUUUGGAUCUUCCAGCAGGAUUCCGCUCCAGCUCACAAGGUCAGGUCAACUCUGACUGCAAAAGAACAUUCCAGAGUUCAUCUCGGCCUCGGAUUGGCCCUGACCUCAACCCACUAGAUUAUCGUCUUUAUUUUAAACUAGAGACAAUGGCGUGCCACAGAGCACACCCUAACUUGGAAAGUCUCAAACUGUCUCGGGCCCGAACAGUUGAGCACUGGCCACAGAGAUUAAAUGCCUGUGUCAAGACAAAAGGGGAACAUUUUGGGUAAUUUCUUUUUUGUUUUACUCUCUGUAGACAUACAUUUUAUUUUCUAACAAAGUUUUUGAAAAAAUUGAUUUUUCUGUUUAAAUUUAUAUAUAUUUUCUUGUAACAAUAUUUGUGACAGGACUAGGUAUAUUAUUUUAGAAGAUAAAUAUAAAUUUUUUGAAAUUGUUAUUCACAGCUGUUCGAAGAUGGAACACUUAGAGUGGAUUAAUGCAUUAUAUUUCACAGUAAUAGACAUUCGGGUUUUGGGGGUUAAUAGGAUUUUAUAGAAUUAAUAAAACUCAAAAUGAAUGCUCCACAAAGUGAAACUAAGAAAUAUCAAACCACAUAGUAAUGGAUACAAUUUUCAAACUUAUUUCCUAAAGAAUAGUAAUAAGGAAUCUUUAAAACAAACCUCAGCCUUAUAUUAUUAAGAAAUCAACUGCCAAUCGGCUAUUGUGGCAUGGUACCACUUGAGGUUCAGGCAUCACCCUCCUAAGUAUUCUAGUUCCGAAUAUACUCAUAUUUGCACUCUCUUUUUGGUUUAUAAAGCUAAUUGUCGGUUUAUGAGUUGAUAUUGUCUAUUAAUGGUAGGUUUACUUUAAAUCAUAAAUAAUAAUAAUGUGGAGAUAGUCGAUUGUGAUUAUAAUUUGAGGAGUUGUUCAAGAGUGCAGUCAAAUUACAUAAUAUUAUAUAGGCAUAGCCAGUAAAAUACUAUUAUAAUAUAUAGAAUUUAAUUUUACCACAACCCUGUCACACUCCUUCUCAAUUUAAUAAUAAUAGAUGAAUGAAUGAACAAUCUUCAGUAAUAAUUAUAUUUAUUAUUAUUUUAUUUAUUUAUUUAGAAAUAUAACAGUCUGUCAUGAGGACAAUAAUUAUAGUGAUAUAUGAUAUAACACAUUCAUACCAUAUAUACAGAAAAUAUAAAAUUAACAAAAGUAAAAUAAUAAUCAAAAACUAUGUACAAUAAAAAAUAAAAUAACCUAAAGAUAAUUAAAUUAAAAACAUAGUCAUGCCUAUAUACAAUCAGGCAGGGAACCCCUAGCCAGGUUUCUUCCUCCAAUUAUAGAAGGAAAAACAGGACUUCAAGAGAUCCCUGCGCUACUCUUUCAACCGCGUCACUGCUGCUAGAACCAGUGGAGAAUUAUAUUUAUUAUUUGCAAACUAAUAUUUAAAUUAAAAUGUUUUGUAACCUUAUUUAAAAUAAGCCUAACUGAACUUAUAUUGUUGUUUCAUAUCACGAUACAUUUUAAAAAAGCCUUUUGUACACAAUAACAAAGUAUUUAUUUGCAAAGAAUUAAUAAUUUUUAAAACCUUAUCUAUUACAACAAUUUAAUUAUAAUGAAACAAUAACUUAUAUAUAUACUGCUAGGUUUACCUUAAAUCAUAAAUAAUAAUAAUGUGUAAAUAAAUAUAUAAUAACAAUUAUAUUUUUUGUUUUAGGUAUUUAGCUGGUUUCUACAACCUCCUUGAAGAAAAUGCUUAGACAUGAUAAACUACUCUGCCGAUUGGAGAUGUCUUUGGAAAAUAAUGGCAGAAAUGUGAAUGAGACCAUUGACAAUCAAAUCACAAAUGAAAUAAGAUACUCUGCCAUGGAAAUUUUCUUCAGUUGAAUCCACAUCAGAAAAGUUAAUAUCUUCAAGACUCCAAACUGAGGGAAUGCAGUCUUUACCUACGUAUAGUAAAUCAGAGGCCUGGAACCACCACUCUGAGAAACAAGUAACACACCUUCCGACACCGAAAUGAGAUUGUAUACUUUCCAAUAUCGCUAAAGAAGUUAAAGAUAAUAAAUGCAGAAUCAAAAGACAAAUUAUUGUAAUUAUUCUUGUCAUUUAAUUAUUGUAAUCAUUACAGAAACUAUUGAUGCUAUUUAUUUUUGUUAUUUUAGAGAUGGAUAUAUAAUUGAUUUUUGAAAUUGUUAAUGAAAAAUGGUCAGGAUGUACAAUCAAAAAAAGUGUUUAUUGAUUUGAGACCAGGCAAGAACUCUCCAUGCUAUACAAGAACUUUCCGUCUUAAUUUUUGAAUUCAUUAUUGUAAUUAUUCAUGUUAUUUAAUACUUGUUAUUAUUAUAAAAUAAAUAAAGAAUACUUUAAUAUGUAUUACAUCAAGUUGAAUCAAUAUGCUGAGAUGAUAAAUAUGUAUACUUAACAAGAAGUAAUAAGAGAAUAAGUAAAACAAUCUUUUUUCAGGAAAAAAUUUAAAGGUGUUAGCUAUAAGAGUUGAAAAGAAAAGAGCUUAUCUUCUCCAAAACUUAAAAUUAGCAAAUCUUAUAUUUAAUUCUCUUAAUACUUUUAUUAAAAGAUGUAUUUUGUGUGUAAAUCCAUAUUUCCAUUAUAUUUUUCAAGGUUAUGUAAUAGUUUCAUGAAUAAUUGAAAUUAUUUUAUCAUAAUAUAAGAAAUAGUCCAUGGUACUACCCUUCUAUUCAAAUUAUCAACAUCUGCCUGAUAUUCUUAACUUAGUGAAUAUAUAUUAUAAAUGAGAAAAAUGUAGUGUAAUAUAAGUGGUUAGUUUUAUUUCUUUUAAGUGAUGUUUGUAAAAUAUAUAAUAGAUAAACUUGUGUAAAGAUUUUAUAUAUUACCACCUACAUUUAACACAAUAAAAAAUAAAAUUUGAACUUCUAAAUUCUUACUAUUCCCGUUAUCCUUAAUAUACUUGUAAUGAUUAUGUUUUUGUUACUUAUUUCUGUCUAUACUUUAUACAUGUAUAUAUCUCUUGAAUAUCUGAAUUAAUUUCAUCCUUGAAGACCCAAAAGUUUGUAUUGAGCGUUCUAUUUCGCAAUAAUAUAAUGAUUAAAUCCUGAUCAUUUGUUCCAUGACAUAAACACAGUCAAUCAACUAUAAUCAAUAUAUU